AAAAAAGAUUAUAAGUCUGUGUCCGUCAAUGACUCUCCAAAAAAUCAAUCAACCAAACCAAUAAACAAACAAAUCUCCAAAUCACAUCGUCACCGAUUUUCCAAUCCCCCGAUUCAUCAUCCUCAUCGUUCCCAUGGAUUUUGAAACUUAAGAAAUGUUGUUAAUGGAUUAAACCUAAAAAAGAGGAGUUAAGGUUUUGUAUAAUAUGGAGCUUGAUUUGAAUCAGGAGCCUUUGGAUCAAACUAGUAGUUCAGUAGUUGAAUUUGAUUCCGUAUUGGAAGAACUCGAAGCUGCCGAGGGAAAUAUUCGGGACCGAAUAAGACACCUCGAAGAGAUUACUUCGAGAGCGAGGCAGAGUCGGGGGUUGCCGCGGAGGAUGAAUUCGCCGAUUCGGAUAACUAAUUUUACGGGAGAAGCGGCGAGUGGUGAGGAUGUUGGAGAUGAAGAGGAAAGGGAGGAGCAGAAUGAUGUUGAGAAAGGUGGGAAAAGGAAAAGUGCGCAUUUAGUAGCGAAAGCGUUGGGGGUGGAGGAGGUUGAGGAUGGUAAAGUGGAGGAGAGUAGUGGGGGGUUUUAUGAUUGUAAUAUAUGUUUGGAGGUUGCGAGGGAUCCUGUUUUGACGUGUUGUGGGCAUUUGUUUUGUUGGCCGUGUUUUUAUCAGUUGUCGUAUGUUUAUUCGAGAGCGAAGGAGUGUCCUGUUUGUAAGGGGGAGGUUACUGAAGCGGGUGUUAUUCCGAUUUACGGGAAUGGUAAUGCGGGAGCUGAUUGCCAGAUGGAAAUGAAAGAAGCCGGUUUGAGAGUUCCUCCUCGGCCUAAAGCUCCUAGAAUUGAGAGUAUCAGACAGAAGUUGAUAACUCAAGGUGCAUCUUCUUCGUCUAUUGUCCAAAGCAUUCGGCGGUUUCAUAACCGGAUUGGUGGAUUUGGCGAACAAGCUCAGGUAGAAAGCCCUAAUACCAGAGGUGAUAGAAGUAAUGGCACACUCGUUCGUUCUCGCACGCAGACUGAUAUUAAUCAACAUGCUGGCACUCAUCAAGUUUCGAGGCUGCUAGAACAAGGAGCUUCUUCAUUUUCAUCGCUUUCAUCAGCGCUAAAUUCUGCAAUGGAUUCUGCAGAAAGAUUAGUUCAGGACCUUGAAUCUUAUAUCCACGGCCACAAUAUAGGAGGAAGCAGAGAGCUAAACACUCAUGCUGAUAAUAGAAGUCCAUCGCUUAGUAUUGCUGCGACAAAUCGCACAGAGAGCCGUGCUCAAGAUGUUGUUGACGUGGCCAAUUCUGCUGCUGCUGCAGCUAGGAAUGUUGACGAUAUUGCUGUUAUUGGUUCAGAAAUUCUGACAAUUGAUAGAGACAUACAGAUUAGUCCGUUAGACCCUUCUUCGUCAAAUAGUAGAAGAAGAAACGGUGUUUCAAGACAAGUUUCAAAUGAACCUAGAAGAAGAAGAAGAUUGAGAUGAUUGUCUUUUAUGUAAGGGGUCACGAUCCGCGUUAUAUUUAUCAUAGGUUCAUCGUUUCAUUGCAUACAAUUUGUUUGUCAUACACAAUUUUCAUUUCUUUCUAAAACAAAUUUGUUAUCUUAGUUAUUAUGUAUAUAUAUCGCAUUUUAUUUAACAGAUGUAAGGAUAUUUGUCUGUUUGGAUUGGUUGAUUUGAACCUAUUUGUCUGCUUGUGAGACUGUUUGAUAUAGCUUAUGGAAACAGAAACAGUUUAUGACUUAUCUUCCAUCAA